UACCUCUCUAUAUAAUCGAUAGUCGAAGUUAUUGGAGGUGUCAGUUGUGUUUUGUAUUGUUCAAUGUCUGUAAUUACUAAUUUAAUAUGAAUAUAAACACUAUUACAAUUUCUGCUGUGCGACCUCGCACGAGUAUCCUGGAUAAAUCCCUCAGCAAAGGAAAAGGGGAAGUCAGUCUGAGCUGUUAUGCUCUGCUGUUUUCUGAACUGGUACAGUACUGUCAAAAUCGUGUGUACACUGUGCCAGAGCUUCAAAACAAAUUAACUGAAAUGGGAGCAGAAGUUGGACACAGAAUGACAGAUCUCCUCAUAAUGCGAGAAAAAGGUGGCAAACGAGAGGUGAAACUCCUGAAUGUCCUCUUAUUCGUUAAAAACACACUAUGGAAAUCGCUAUUUGGCCGUGAGGCUGAUAAACUGGAGCACGCCAAUGACGAUGAGAGAACUUACUACAUAAUCGAGAAGGAGUCACUGGUGAACAAAUUCGUUUCUGUACCCAAGGACAAAGGGAGCCUCAACUGUGCUUCAUUCGUAGCUGGAAUCGUUGAAGCUGUUCUGUGUGACUCUGGUUUUCCAGCAAAGGUCACUGCACAUUGGCACAAAGGCACAACGUACAUGGUGAAGUUGGACGAUUCGGUGAUAACGAGAGAUAAGCAGCUGGACGAGCGAUGAUACUAAUUAUUGAAAUUAUUUACUGUCUGUUUAGGUAAUAAAAAAUUAUGGAAAAUUUUUAUCUGUCGAUUCGUGUGGUUAACUCUCUCAACUCUAAACCUAACUCUUAACUCUAAACUUUAAAAGAAAAAGGGCUAAAGGGUGACUAAUAGAGAAAUAUAGGGGAAGAUGGGUUUGAAACAUAAAGUUUAAGUAAAAAAUUGGAAAUAAAGCCAUUUUUCAUGUGUCCACUUCACCUCAAUCCAAUUCUAGAGAAACCAAGAGACGAGUUCUGUAAAUUCAAUUUUUGAUAGAGAUCAGUGCAAUACGAAUCACGUAAUUACCUUUAACGUUUAUUUCCCCACAAUUUAUGUUAAUAUUAUUUCUACAAUGAAUUUGCGAUUGAUUAUUGUGUUUAACAGAAUCUAUAGUCUCUGUCGUAGUAGCUGACGUGGCCGGUACGACGGAGAUGCUCGGUCUUCCUCUGUAAAAACAGAAAAUCGACAAAAUGAGUUGAGAACUGGAGCUAGAAAAUCGUGACAACUCUGGUGAUAUCACGAAGAAAAAUCGAAUAAGUCGAAUAAAUAAAUAAAUAAUGUUUAACUAGUUUAACUGUGUGAAUGGAAGAGAAUGUACAAUGAAAUAAAAAAAUAAAUAUUUGUUUGAA